AUGUCGUCCACCGAUACGGACAGUCACUACAAAUUCUAUCAUUACUAUCCCUCUUUAGCUGGUGCCACUGUUAUGGCAGUGGUAUUCGGGUUAAUGACGGCCUGGCAGUUGUUCCUAAUUGCCAAGCACAGGACUUGGUACUUUAUUCCUUUGGUCAUCGGCGGAAUUUUUGAAAUCGUUGGGUAUGCGGCUCGUGGAGUAUCAAAUACACAAGCGCCAAAUCCGACUCUGGCCCCCUACGUUAUUCAGACUCUUCUACUGCUCGUUGCUCCAGCACUUUUCGCGGCAACUAUCUACAUGAUCCUAGGCCGUGUCAUUCUUAGUGUAGACGGUGAAUCUCUUAGCCUGAUCAAGAAAAAAUGGUUGACGAAGAUCUUCGUGACCAGCGAUGUGAUCUCUUUCAUUGUCCAACUUGGAGGUGGUGGACUUAUGGCCAGCAGCGAUGCAUCGCAAGCACAGAUGGGGUCUCAUAUCGUCUUAGCUGGGCUAUUGUUACAGAUUAUAAUCUUUGGCUUUUUUGUCGUCGUGGCACUAGUCUUUCAUCUUCGAAUGUGCGCCACACCAACCUAUCAAGCCCACAACCCGUCGUUACCUUGGAAGAAAUCUCUGUACGUGUUGUACAUUACUUGCACAUUUAUCAUGAUUCGAUCAAUUGUGCGUGUGGCAGAGUUCGUUGAAGGUUUCGAAGGAACAAUUAUCCUGCACGAGGUCUACCUCUAUGUAUUUGAUGCAGUCCCGAUGGCAGGAGUCAUGUUCAUCUAUUGCAUCUGGUAUCCAUCACACUACUCAAGGCAAGCACCAAAGGCUAUACUGGAUCGGGAAAUUGAGGAUUCAAAUCUCGAGCUCGAGUUUCGAGGUGGUGAGAUGACAAGCGAUGGGCACUGA